AUGAACGAAGGCUCCAUGUCCUUGGCAUCAAGUAGUAAAAUAGAGAAGAGUAAAAGAACAGAUUCUACACCUGUAAAAACAUCGCGAGCAAUGCAACGUGAUAGAAGAGGUGAAAGCUCAUCUAUAUCACCGUCAAAGGAAAAUAUUUCAGAAGUUGAUGAG